AUGACGAAUAGUAAUUGCAUACGCUUGUUUAUUUAUUUAUUUAUCGCUGGUAUUCAUAUAUGGGCAGCAUAUGCGUAUGGUGAUCCUGAAUUCAAUCACAAUGAUUUUAAUCUGAACGAAUCGACACAAGGUAAUUUGGAAAAUUUAAAUGAAGCCAGCCAGAAUCGACACAGAGCUAAACGAGCUGUAACAGACGAUUCAGCGACGGCUACGGGUCCUUAUACAAGCACUCUACCAUCGAUAAAUGCGCGAGUGGCAAAUUUGUCAAACUCGAGUGAUAUAUAUAUUAUCACGAAUCUUUAUUAUCCAAGCGAUACAACUGCAAGUACAAUAGAUGAUACUGGCACAACAGAUACUACAAGUACUAGUCAGACUUCCACAUAUUCAUCGUAUAAUGGAACAUAUAUAAUAACAAGUUAUGUUCCGAUAACAACAAUAACAACAACAUCACAAACGACGACUACGUUAGAUCCUAACUUUUGUACUAAUGGAACUUAUAUAUUAUUGAGCAAUGGUACGUGCACCUCCCGAGACAGUGCGCAGAUAUAUGCCAUCUCUAUACUCUAUGCAAAUUCUUCUAGUAUUACCGAAAAAGCAGAUGCUCUUUCAUUAUAUAUAAAUUCGAUUACCAAUUCAAAUAUAUCAUCAAAUUCCAAUAAUACUUUAUCAAUCAACGAAAUCAAUACACUGGUUGGCAGUUUAAAUGGUAAUUAUGCUGCGUUAAACGACACCGGUUCAGUUCUGAUAAUAACAAAACCAGGAGACACUGAUGUUCAAGUCAAAGUAAUUGGUGUCUCAUAUCAAGAGAAUAUGGGUGGUACGAUUGUCAAUGUACAAAAUAGAGACAAUGUAACCAGUUCGAAUGUGUCAACUGCUGGUAUUGUUACUCUCAGUUCAUUGUUUUAUGCGGCAUCUUUCAAUAUGUUUAUUAUUAAUGAUCCGACUCCCUUCGAAAACGCUGAUAAUACAAGUAAUAGAACAAUUUCAUCAUCAAUAGUCAUGUCUACAAUAGAAACAAUGCAUAAUAAUCGUCCAGCAAUUGAUAUUACUUUGUAUUUUCAAGUUGUAAAACCGCCCACAACAAAUGGAGAUGUCACGUAUUCAUGUGCAUUUUAUGACAAAAAUACUUCGCAAUGGAGCGAGUCCGGUUGUUCGCCAGCUAUAUAUAAUAAAAGACUUGAUCGAUAUGAAUGUAAUUGUGAUCAUUUAACAUCGUUUGCACUCGUUUGGCUACCAAAGCCUUUAGGAUCAUCAAGCAAUCUUACGAUAGUAGAAUUAAAUGCUCAAGAUAAAGCAUCGAUUGCAUUUCAAGUUAUUUCAAUUUGUUGUUUCAUAGCAGCUGUUAUUCAUGGUGUUAUUUUGCAGUUCACUAAAUCACGUAUAUUUAUUACACUACGAUUAUUACUUCCAAUUAUAUCAUGCAUAGUUACAUUGAUUUUAUUUAUUUUUUGGAUCGCACUUUGCUUAACAGUUUAUUCGAGAUUUUCUCAAGCAAGUCCUUCAAGUCAAAAUCGGUCCAAUCAAGGUCGAAGUUUUCAAGAAAAUUUCAAAGAAUUUAAUUUAUUAGAGAAUAGAUUAGAUUCACGGAUAGGCUCUUCUUCAGUCAACAGUUCGCCUCGAGCAAAUGUUUCGUGUUUGCCAGCUGAACAAGAUUUAAUGUUUGUUGUUUAUUUCCUGAUUAUUUUCAUGUUUUGUGUUAAAACUAGUAUUGGAUAUUUUAAUUAUCGUCGUUUCGUUCAACUGUUCCCUCCGCCACCACUUAAAUCUCUUCUUAGCCAUAUUGCUAUAUCAUUUGUUAUUAGUAUAACAUUGAUGAUGAUUGCAGCUGGUGUUAAUUCGAAUCCAUCAAAUAACGUAACUGAAAUAUAUUUGGGUAAAGUUUGUUGGUUUAGUCAACAAGUUAUUCAUAUCUUCUUAACCGCCCCGAUAUGUGUAUCUCUCGCGAUAAAUUUAGUCAUAGUGGUUUUGGUAGCUAAAAAAAUGAUUGAUCAUGCCAGAGACGGCGACUCAAGUGAAGCCAUAGUUAAAAGAACAAAAUAUUGUGUUAUUGUAUUAUUAACGUCAUGUCUUACUCAAGGUCUUGGGUGGCUUUUCGGUCCAAUAAUUUCAAUUGCUAAUCCAAACGUUGCUGAAGGACUAGGAUGGCUUUUUGUUAUUAUUAAUGGUUUAGAAGGCGUUUGGAUUCUAAUUUUGUAUAUUAUUGCUCGAAAAUCACAUAUGGACGAAAGACAACGUGAGACGCAGUAUCGUACGCUUCAGACAAGUGUAAAUACACCGGACACGAAUAGAAACUUACCAGACAAAGACGCUGGUGUUGACGGGAUCAUGCUUGAUGAUCUAACAGUUUCACCACGACUUUUAUUAUCGCAUGAUCCACAUAUCAUGAGAAGAUCUACAGAGUUGAAAGAAAUGAAAAGCGAUUCGCCACGUAAUUCAGUACUUGGUUUAGAUGCACGUUAUUUACGUCACCGUCCUCUCGCUGAUGACAGAAACGAAUCAAUGUAA